GCUAACUGGGCGUGACAAUGUUUUGCGCCACCUGUGCGUUCAUUGCGUACCGCUGCGGUCUCACUAUCCCCGGACACAAAAUUUGUCAAAAUGGCGUGCUGCGGUGGUUGUGAUUGUAAGUGUAACGAGUACCUGACGUAUCAGGUCGUGAAAUACCUCCUGAUAAUUGCCAGCAUCUUCUUCUGGCUUGUCAGUGCAGCUAUCAUGGGCCUUGGAAUAUUUGCUGAAGUAGUGAGACGAGACCUGGGCUCUAUGAACACGUUCCUGGUCAGUCCUGCUGCGGCACUCAUUGCAGCUGGUCUGGUCGUGUUCGUGGUCACCUUCCUCGGGAUGGCCGGAGCCCUUAGGGACAACCUCAUCCUUCUCAAGAUUUUCAUCGGGCUGAUGAUAACUGGACUCCUGCUGCAGCUGAUUGUGGGGCUGGUGGCUUUUGCCUUCAAGGAUCAGGCAAAGAACUUCAUCAAUGAACAAGUGUCCAAAGGCGUGAAGAGCUACUUUGCGGACUUGGAUUUCAAGAAUACCAUGGACUGGGUGCAAGAAAGGUUCUACUGCUGUGGCGGCGCGGAUUACGAGGACUGGGAGAAGAACGACUACUUCCGUUGUGCUUCCCCUGGCCCUGCCUCCUGCGGCGUCCCACACACCUGCUGCGACCGCCGCGCCAAUCCAACUGCUGGUGGUGUGGUGAACACCCAGUGUGGGUAUGGAGUUAGGGUGUAUGAGCGUCUGGAGCUUGUGGACAUAGUGUACAUUCGUGGCUGCACGGAUGCCGUUCUUAUCUGGUUUGAGGACAACUUCGACAUUUUCGCUGGGCUGUGCAUUGGGCUACUUCUGCCUCAGGUAUGUAUGUAUGAGAUCGUGUCUGCCUUCAUCUUAAGGGUUAGAACAGAUGUCACACACUUGGACUGGGCUUUGCAGAUCUGGAUUCCCUGGUGGAGCUGGAUUUAAGCCAUUCAUGUAGGCUUUGCAAAUUAGGAUCAAUCCCAUGCCACCUGGGUGAAUCCAGAUUCACAAAGUCAGGUCAUUUUAAUGGGCUCUUGUUAGUAAAAAGCAUUUUGUAUUUCCAUACUUAAAAAUACGUCUACAAGUAAGUGAACUGCAGGAAACAAGUCUAGAGAGAUUAAGUAAAAGUCACUUGGAAAAGGAGUGGUGCUUUUUUGCUUUAAAAUUUCUAAGGUACAAAAAUAUUUCUCAGUGAAUUGUACUACCUUACCACAUUAAUUUCUUGCAACAUUUUCUCCAU